AUGCACUCCAUCCGCAGGUCAGACCUUGCGGUGCUUUCCGUCACAGCGACACCACAGCACAACUUCACGAGUAACAGAGGCGGACCCUUGCAGCCAGCUCUAAGCGGUUUGAGCUUCUGCCAAGUCAGGACAAACAUCUCCCAUCGAGGCACAAACGACAAAGUCCUGAUCGAGGCAUGGCUUCCCAUCAGCCACGACGAUUGGAACGGACGAUUUCAGGCCACUGGAGGUGCCGGUUUUGAGACCGGUAUGUUCGGUAGCCAUCUUGGGCAGGCUGUUCAAGAUGGCUGGGCCGCUGUGUCAACCGACGGAGGGUCUGGCAGUGAUAACUUGAGACGAAUUAGGGACGGAAGUUGGAUCCUGAAGAACACCACGGACGGUACACUGGACUGGAACCUGUUGCAUAACUUUGCUUCUCGUAGCCUUGUCGAUCAGAUCAACAUCGGCAAGGUGAUUACCGAACUAUACUUUGGCCGAGCUCCACAUCACUCAUACUGGAACGGAUGUUCCACCGGGGGUAGGCAAGGCUACAUGAUCGCACAGAAACAUCCGCAUCUCCUGGAUGGUAUUCUGGCAAACGCACCUGCACUCAACUUCAUCAACUUAGUCACUGGCGAAUUUUGGUCUCAGCUAGUGAUGAAACAGCAAGAGACAUUCAUGUCCAACUGCGAAUUCGAGUACUUCAGACAAAGGGCUAUCGAACAGUGUGACAUGCUGGAUGGUGUGCGCGAUGGCAUACUUGAAGACCCGGAAGCGUGCAAAUUUGAUCCAUUUGCUGCUGUUGGCGAAGAGAUAGAGUGUGACGGGAAACACGUCGACAUCACGCUGGGGAUGGCGACAGUUGUCGAGCAUAUCCUCAAGGGACCAAAGCAGGUAACAUGGGGUCCAAUAUUCCACGGGAUCAGCCCUGGGAUUCGAUUUGAAGACCUAGCGAACAUCGACAUCGCUGGUGAUGGCAUAAGAUCACAGAAACCGUUUGGCAUAUGCGAGAGCUGGAUGAAGAACGUCGUACUCAGAGACCCCUCUGCCAGAUUAGAUCAUCUGGACAUAACCUCGUAUUUCGGUCACUGGGCGCAAGCCAACUACGAACUGGGUGGUCUACUCAACACUGCUGAUCCUGACUUGACGCUGCUGAAGGCCUCAGGAGCCAAGCUGCUGACAUGGCACGGCAUCGAUGACACUAUCAUCCCCUAUCAAAACACCAUCGAUUACCGGAAGAGGGUCGAGGGUGUCAUGGGCGGUGCGCAUGAAGUCGAUCAAUUUUACCGAUUGUUCCUCGCGCCUGGUGUUGAGCACUGCGGUGGUGGCAUCGGGCCUGCCCCUUCUUCUGCUUUGUCGAUGCUAGUCGAUUGGGUUGAGAAAGGCGAAGCGCCGGAGGUACUUGGAGCCGAGACAAAAGAUGUCAGAGGCGAGGCGGUCACCAGAGAUUUAUGCGCUUAUCCUGGCAAGUUGAAGUAUAUGGGGCUUGGAGACGCGAAGAGAGCAUCAAGCUGGACCUGCGUUGGUGGAACGGAGAAUCCGAAGACUGUGCUCCAGAAUCAAGCCAGUGAGCGCAUAGGCAACCUCUUGGGUCGUCUAACAGGUCGUUUCGAGGGGUUGGGGCUUGGACUCAACAUCGGCUGA